CGGUCAAUAGCAGCGCACCGAAGUCUUUGGCACUUGUUGUGUGGGCAUAGGAAAACAUAGGAAAACACAGCAAAAGGACAUUAAAAAAGAGCAGCAAAGGACAUGCACAGCAAGUGCAAAAGUUGGCCAAAACAAACGCAACUCAAAUAGUUCGUACGGCAAACAAACAGUUGACACACAAAUAGAACAAAUAGCAGCAAAUCAAACAGCAACAGCAAGUGGAACCCACCCUCAACCCAGUCACCUUGAAAAGGAUAUAUAUAGGCCAUGGCACGUCGCAAGGACAAGCCGCGCCUUAUACCCGAACAGGAUAAGCGCAUCUGUCGCGCCAUCUGCCUAUGCCAGCUGACUAUGGUGCUGUCCUGCGUCUCCAUUGUCUAUCUGAGUGUGGCCAUCUACUCGCCCUCGCUCAAAGCCUUCAAGUCGGGCUUCGAACUGGAUCCGGUCAUGUGCCAAACAGUCGAUCGUCAAAUGCCCAACAAUUGUCCUUGGGCCUCCUGCGGCGAGUGGUGCUUGACUCGCACCAGUGGCUUUUGUCCGCAGAUUCACUCGGUGGUGCGACGCAAUGGCACCGAUAUACAACUCAACAAUUGCACCAGGGUGACCAAUACGUCAUGUGCUCAGAUUGACCUGAAUCGAUUGAACAAAUUCAACUGCAACAAUGGCACCGUUUGCAACAACAUUCGCGGCGUAUUCAACUGCUCCAAUGGUCACUGCAAGAACAUGUCCGAGUUCUUUUUGUGUCAUCACAAGCCCGAUGGACCAGUUAUUAACUCUGCCAAGGACAAUACCAAGCUGAAUGGCUUCUUCGAGUGCCAUGGCGUGCACUGCACGAAGAUCAAACGACCCUUCAGCUGCGAUCGCUAUUGCUCACGCAUAACUACAGCCAAUAUCAAUACGCUGAUCAUGCACGAGGACAAUGUGAUUGCUGCCGACUGUGAGAACGCUGUGGCCUUCAACGAGGCACGCGGCAAGGAGCAUGGCGUACGCAUUGAACCCACCGAGUUCUGGAAGGAGGACGAUGGCAAUCUCUUGACCAACUGUGCAACAGUCACUCGCGAGUCAGACAAUCGCAUUACUGCUACGGACUGCCUGAAUGGCACCUUGCUGGAGCAUGAGACUCUGCCGGCUCCGUAUAUGAACUUCACCCAGUUCUGGGCCAUCUAUGAGAACAGCACACAUGCCGUAGAUCCGGAGCAAAAGUUUCUGCCCAACCAGGCCAAUCUAACCAUUUACAGCUGGAAAAAACUGUUCAUCAAUCUAGAGGGCUGUGUCAACACACUCAAAGGAGAGUGCAAGGACUUCGUGGCCCGCUAUGGCAACGAUGGCGAUAAUAACACAGCUCAGUCACGCUAUCAAUGCUACUACAACAAGGAUGCAAAUGUGGAAUUUGUGGUCGCACGCUACGAUCUGGAUAAGGUCUACCGCGAGCUGGUCGUCUCGCUGAUUGUGCCGAUUGUGCUCUUCGUGAUCUCCUCCAUUUCGCUGUGCGUGAUAACGAAGUCCGUCAAGGUGGGUGACGAUGCGAAGAUGCGUUGUGUUUGCGCCGGCGACGAUUCGGAUGAUGAUGUCUUUGGCAAUGCGGCCGCCAAUCAGCCGGAACAAGUUUAUGACACAGAUGACGAUGUGGUUGAAAUAGAACAACAGCAAGUGGUUGAAGUAGAGGUGGUGCAGGUGUCUGAACAGGCGCUGCCUUAUGAUACACCCGAAAUGAUUGGCAGCACCAAAUCCUUGAUACCGUUAAGUCCAACUGCCGGCUCCAAUGAACAGCAUUUCACCGAGGAUCAGGACGAAAAGGCGAGCAAAUGUGAUGUGCCCGAAAAGCCGCUAGUUAUACUCUAA